AUGGCAAUCAGGUUGCCACGCCACGGCCAUUCCACGCUCUUCUCCUUGCGCCGCGCUCUAAAGACCUGUGGACGUCGCGUUGGGCCGCCGCUUUCCCUCUACGACUCCUCUCUUACGCGAUCGGACCGCCAAGCGACAACCUUCAGCCGGAGCACGCGCCCCGAAUCAACCCCAUAUCUAUCUCGCCUCCCCAAAGCCGGACCCGCUCACCUGACGCGCGCCGUCCCCGCGGGCGCCUUCGCCUUCGCCGCUGCCGAGGAAGCCCAGCGCCCACCUCUGCCUGCUCGCGCUGCAGGGCACCGGCCUCGCUGGGGCGUCCGGAAGCGGGUCCACUACGUCGCCCGCAACCGCGCCCCGCGCCACGACGAUCGCCCCCGUGUACACCCCCUGCCUGCGCCGGCCGCCGUCGUCGCCGAGACCCCGCACGAUCGCCGUCCCGCGCCCGCCACCGGCGUCCACCAGAGCGCGAACGCGGACGAGGGCAGCUCCAGCAACGUCAAGACCAAGGACCUGCUCGGGCUGCUUGGGGAGACGCAGGCGGACAAGGAGGAGGGAGGAGACAGCGGCCGCCGGAGGAGGAGGAGCCGGCCGUGGCGGAGCCUCCCCAAGAGGAGGGUCCGAAAGCCCGCUCCCGCUCCGAAGGUCGAGGCUUUCGAGGACGCCGACGCCGGGCCGGAAGCAGAGAGCCAGCGCAAGGUGGUGGCCAGGGCGGACAAGGCCAAGAGGAACGACGUUCGUCGCCGUGGCCGUGGCGUCCCCAAGCGCGCCAAGAAGGCGACCUGCCGGAGGAGGAGAAGCGCCCCGCGCCGGGAGCGAAGCGACCGUGCUGGUCAGACGGAGAGGAAGAGGGCCUGCCGGAGGAGGAGCGCACGGCGGUGGUGCUGGUGGCCGUCAAGAGGGAGAGGAAGAGCAAGGCUCCUCUCUGCGGCCGCGCCCGUCACCGUCACGGAGGAGCCGGAGACGAAGCCCGCUCGCGCAGUCAAGGCCGAGGAGGCCACCACCGCCGCCUUGGCCGCGGCGCCGCGCGGCAUGGUCGACCGGUGGACGGCCACGCGCUACGCGGCCGCCGAGGCGUCCCUGCUCGGCGUCCUGCGCCGCUUCGGCGCGCGCCCCGGCAAGACCGUCCCCCGCGGCGAGCUGCGGCAGGCGGCGCGCAAGCACAUCGGCGACACGGGCCUCCUCGACCACCUCCUCAAGCACACCGCGGACAAGGUGCCGCGCGGCAGUGCCGAGCGCAUCCGCCGCCGCCACACCGCCGACGGCGCCAUGGAGUACUGGCUCGAGCCGGCCGAGCUCGCGGCCCUGCGCCGGGAGGUCGGCGUCGACCCCUACUGGGUGCCGCCUCCAGGGUGGAAGCGCGGGGACCCCGUGUCCGCCGACGGCUACGCGCUCAAGGCAAAGAGGCAGGUGGAGGAGCUCACCAAGGAGCUCGCCGGAGUAAAAAGGCACAUGCAGCAGCUGGUGAAGGCACAUCAAGGCACAAUGAACAAUGAGGUGAAACCUGAGGCAGUCAAAGCCUGCAUUUCUCAUGAGCCUUAUCAGGACAAGUAUGAGUGUGUGCUGAAGGCCAAUGGCAAUCUGGAAAAGCAAGUUCAGUCCUUGGAGGAGAAGUACGUGAGCGCGGCACGGGCGAAUGGCAAGCUGGAGGAGGAGGUUCUGUUCCUCAAGGAGAGGUAUGAGGCUGUGCUUGAGAAGAACACCAGGCUGGAGCAGCAGGUGGCUGCUCUCUCCACUUCUUUCCUGUCUCUCAAGGAGGGCAUGCAGCUUCUGAAUGCUGGGGAGCAGCAGCAGCAGCAGCAGCUGCGGAUCAUGGGACCGGAGCCGCGUCUUCUUCUGUGCGCCAGGGAGUGCGGCGAAGCUGACAGGCAGGAGAGCAAUGGCGCAGGCGACCAGCUCGCCGACGUCGACGGCGACGGCGGGAAGUGCAGGGAGUGGCCGGACGAGGCGCAACCAUCGUCCCCGCGGACACCGACGGCGGCGAGAGUCGCGUCCGUGGACGACGACGAGUGCGCGAUGGAUGGCGGCCUCGAGCUCCCGCCCACGCCGCCGUCGGCCUCCUCCACCAACGCCGCCUCCUCCACCAAGCUCCUGCUCCUCCCCGCCCCGGACUCGCCGGUCCAGCACCCUCCGCAGCCGCCGGCCACCAGCAGCAGCCCCAGGGUUGACAGCGGCCUCGACCUGCAGCUCCGGCACACGGCGCAGGACGCGGCGUCGCUGCCGUUCCCGUGCGGAGCCACCGCCGUCCGUCCAUCGCCGGAAGGCGGGAAGACGACGACGACCGGCGGCGGCGGCAGAGUGGGCACCGAGCUGGCCCUCGCCACCCCCUCCUACUGACCGACCGUCCAAGUUUUUGCCCCCCAUCGCCAUUGACGAGACAGAUCGUAGCAAGACAACACCGCUGCACAGGGAACAGGAUAGGAGAAGGAAGAGGGUGAAGAAAGACAAUACUCUGCAUCACUACUGCUGCUGAUGAUCGUUUGUUGGGUUCUCCAUUGCCAACCUUAAUUUUCAUCUUGUUUGUAGCAGUAUGUUCGUCGUCGUUGUCAUGGAUCA